CGCUAAUCUCAUAGUCAAUCACAAGUAGCGCAUGCUGGUAUAUACAUUUUUCAAUGUUAUCUGUGAUUAGUAAUCUCCGGUUAUCUGUGUCUACUUCAGACGAGAAAUGGAUAAACGGAUCAUUUUAACAUUUCUAUUGUGAUUGAAUAAUAUGAAAUGGAGGAAAUAAAGGAAGGCUUAACAUGUAAAGGGGUUGCAGAAAGGCUAACACUUGGCGUCACUAGAAUGCUUGAGAGUAUGCCCGGGGUAAUGGACGUGCGUUUUGUGGAGAGGGAGCCUGCGGAGAAGCGAUGCCUACAGUCAUGGGAACAGAGAAACGCCUGUGUUCUGCCUGAGGACCUCAGAGACUUCUAUCUCACAACAGACGGCUUCACCCUUACCUGGAGUGCCAAACUCGAGAAGGACUGUGUGCCUUUAGGAUGCAUGGUGCUCAACAGUGUGUCCAAACUGCGUCCUCUGUGCCAAUCCAUGUCCAUGUUCUCCCUCCCCAACGCGCCCUCGCUGGCUGAUCUGGACUGGGACGAGGACCAAGCUGAAGAGCCUGAGUCCGGGCCAGCUGAGCCCCAUUUUGAUUCCAGGAGCCGUAUCUUUGAGCUGGACCCUUGUUGUGGAAAUGGCAAAGUGUGCCUGGUCUACAAAAACUGCUUAAAAGGUGUGGUGGCCCAGCAGUGUGAGGUGUGGUUCCUGGACCGUUCUCUGUACUGGCAUUUCCUGACGCCCACCUUUACCGCUUACUACCGCUUGAUGAUCACUCAUCUGGGCCUGCCAGAGUGGCAGUACGCCUUCACCCCCUAUGGCCCCAGUCCUCAGGCCAAGUGGGCUUCUCUCUACCGGCCCCUCACAUUCCACAGUGAAUCCACUGUGGCCGAUCCAGCUGGGGAGCCACCAGUCAACAAGCUGGACCCCAGUAAAGCCUUCCGGAGCAAAGCCAAACUGCCCGCCCCCAAGAAGAAACAGUCGGCCCAGGGAGGGGGCGGGGCCACUGCCAAGGGCCUGGGGGGGGGCUCUGGGAGACAAAGUGGGAGUAGACGAUGAGGGUGAGGAGACUCACCCCGUCCCGCCCAAAGAAAGACAUCCCCGAUGGUCUGUGGCAAUGUUCCUGUGGAUUGGUUGAGUGGGUGACGAAAGGACAUUUAGGCCUUUUUUGCUUUGCCCUUUUAAGUAUUGACGCUGAUGUUGUAUGUGGUAGCAAAUGGGGCUACGCCACUUGGCUUUCUGGGUAAUGGAAAGGAACUAGUCCCUGUGAAGCCUUGUGAAAUAGUUGAUUGUGUUCCCAUGGCUGAAUGUGUAUUUAUUAAAACAUGAUGUUUAUCAAAGUCAA